UACAUCACUGACUGACUCAAAGGGAGCAAAUAUACAGCCAUUGGAGCAAACCCUUAUCGCUUCUCUGUAUGAUAUAUAUCAAUGGUAUACACUUUACUGUAUCGGACAUAAGAGGUCAACUGCUUCUUUAGAAAAUGUCUAGACUACAGUUGUUACACCUAUUUGUCAGUGAGCGGCUGAGAGCGGCUGCUGCUGAAAUAUUUGGGGCCGUGGAAAAAACUAUAACGGAUUACCAGGAAGAAAUAUCCCGUUCAAAGGAGGACAACGACCGUUUACGAUCGCUGUUCGAUAUCGCUUUCCAACCUCAGUUACCGAAAGCAGACCCACUGCAUCUCACUCUCUCCAAAGAGCUUCUCCCUGAGCAUCAGCACCAGGAACAGGAGUGGAGCCCCAGUCUGGACCAGGGAGAGCCAGAGCCCACGCAGAUUAAAGAGGAACCAGAGGAGUUUGGGACCAGUCAGAGGGGGGAGUUAAUAACCAAAGACUCCAUUUUGAGGGACUGUAAUCAGAAACCACCUGAGCCACAUAUUUACCACAUCCAAAUAGUGGAGAACAGAGAGAGAGAAUCGCUAUCGAUCAACACAACAGGAGAGAUCAAAACAGAACCUGGUGAAGAGUGUUAUGGUGGGUCUCACUGGGAACCAACCAGUGACUCUCAGUCCCUCUCUGCAGUAAAUCCUGACAGUUCUGCAGCUCAGACGGAAAACAGUGAAAGUGACGAUGGGGUGGACAGUGGAGGACUACCAUCAGGGCUACAACCAUUACAAUCAAACAACACCCAAACCACUUCUCAAGAUAAUAAGACGUUUCCAUGCCGUACAAAAUCACGCCGCCAAAGACUAGCCACACCGUGUUUUUGCAAAGUGUGUGAAAAGUCUUUUGACUUCAUAAAUCAUUUAAUCAAUCAUGUGCGAAUGCAUGCAAAGGAUAAAGAUCAUGUCUGUGGUGUAUGUGGAAAUGGCUUUGAGUCCACAGACCGCAUGCUGGAUCACCUGCUAACACACAUUGGAGCCAAACCUUUUUGCCAGAUGUGUGGUAAAUGUUUCACUAAUAAGGCCAACCUGAAAGUGCAUAUUGUGAGGGCUCAUGCCGGUGAGAGACCAUUUGAGUGUCCUGUCUGUGGAAAACGCUUUCAAACAUCAUUCAUUUUAAAAACACACCAAGUCAUUCAUACUGGGGAGAAACCAUUUCAGUGUCAAGAUUGCGGUAAACAUUUCAGUCGAAAAGGAAGCUUGCAGAUGCACCUGAGGACACACACAAAGGAGAAGCCGCAUCGUUGCCAUGUUUGUGGAAAGGGCUUCCCUGUGAAGAGAUCCCUGACCACACACAUGACAAGUCACACAGGCUUGAAACCGCAUCGCUGUGAAGAAUGUGGCAAGGCCUUCGCUGUGAGCGAAGCCCUGACAGUGCAUAUGAAGACUCACCUAGAGGAGAAACCGCAUCCAUGCCAUGAAUGCAGCAAACGCUUCAAUCGGAUGGGAUCCCUUAGAAGGCAUAUGAGCUUGAUUCACAAACUGGAGAAAUCGUGAUUUGCGUGGGGAAAAUGUGUCAGUUUAAACUAGAUUUGAAAAGUACUAACUGAUAUCUAGAAUUAUAUACAUACUGUAUCUCAGAAGUCACUGCUUUAGUUUGAAAAGGGUAGACAAUAAUGAAUGCAUGAACUUGCAUAACAUUGUGGGGAGCCACCGAGUGGUGUGUCGAACAAAGACCUGCUACUGGAUUAAUUAAAAUUGCAUGUUUAGAAAAUGUGUAUGUGACUGGUUGAACUGAAAGACCUUCCAUGUGUGUGGUUUGAGGAGGCUCUUUGUUUAAAUAUUGAAAUAUGUCAAAUCUAUUUUGACUGUGUUGCACAAAAUGUAAUGGUUUAAUAAAAACAAAUGUUGCAAAUGUUUUUUGAACAAAGGUCAA